AUUUCACAUAAUCCCGCCUCACAGGGCUGAGGCAGGCACUCCUCUCUCUCUCUCUCUCUCUCUGGAUGAGCAGCAGCAGCAGAGUGAGCUGAACUUCACAGGGAGAAGUGUGUGUCCAUCACGAGGGGACGCUCUUCUGGUGAGAGGACACUGAGUUGUCUGUGUUGAGAGAAGCCCGGAGUGGAGCCCGGAUCCUGGGACUGAAUAACCCCCAAACGUCACAGACGCCCCCCUGCCUCCUCCGGUCAAUCAGAGCAAACUGUCCUGAGCCGGACAGUGUCCUCGUCUCCGUCCUCUGCCUCCACAUGUUCCUUCAGCUGGAGCGGAGGGCAAGGCACGCAGCCUGCCAGCCGGGGUCAUGAUCUCCGUGACGGGGAUGGCGUUCAAGAGGAAGCUGGUUCUUGCCGUGUUGACAGCCGGCUCCCUGCUGUGUGUCUACGUCCUGUGUGUGAACCUGGAGGGGUCCUGGUCCAUAAAGCCUUUGAGAAACCUCCAUGGCUUCAGCCAGAAGCCGAACAGCUCUGGAGACUCUGAGGAGCCUCAGGACAGAAGGAACAGCAGUGAGCGGUGGAGCCAUCCCUCACCGGCCUCCACCCGUCACCCAGAGCAUCCCUCUGCAGCCGCUCUGCAGAAACACACACGUGCACACACUCCGCCUCCAACCUCAGAGACUCAAACAGCCGCCGGGCCGCAGGCAGCCGCUAGGGCCACGUCCAGGCCUGAAGCUGUGGGGGGGACCCGGAGCAGCACCAGAGGCCCCACAACCCCCCAGUCCACUGAGUCUCCGUUCAUCGGAGACACACACUACAUGGGUGAAGACGUCCCUGCACAGACGAACUGCACCGACGGCGUCGGAAGCCGAGUCGCUCAGACACUAUUUGGUGGACGGUUCCUGAGGCGUGUCCCGGUCCUGCAGUGGGCCAAUCACGUGAGCCGAGACCAGUACCAGCGUCUGAGUCAGUACUCAGGACCUCAUGGCUGGGGGGGGGUCGACUACAACACGCUGCUGGAAACUCUCUCCGUCCUCAACUCCUCCGCUAACGGGCGGAUGCUGGACGACUGGAGCCGCCGCAGCAACGGGUCCUCGUGCUCCCGCUGCGCGGUGGUGGGGAACGGGGGGAUCCUGAAGGACUCAGGGAGAGGGCCGGAGAUCGACAGCCAUCACUACGUCUUCAGGACCAACGGGGCGAUCCUUAAGGGCUUUGAGCAGGAUGUGGGGUCUCGCACCACCCACUACACCUUCUCCACCAACACCAUGAUGAACUCCAUGUCCAGGUACGCAAGACUGGGCUUCACGGGACCGCCGCUGUCUCAGGAAACACGAUACGUCUUCCUGCCCGACCAGGAGCGGGACUACCUGCUGAUGAAGGCUGCAGCCACGCACACCACGGUGGAGCGAGGGCCGGAGCGAACCAAAGAUCCCACCAGAUACUUCGGACAGAACGUGACCGCGGAGAAGAUGAAGAUGUAUCAUCCCGACUUCGUCCGUUACCUCCGGAACAGAUUCCUUCGAUCCAGGAAUCUGAAAACUCGUUUCAAGCACAUCUACCGCCCCACGACCGGCGCCGUGAUGCUGCUGGCUGUGCUGCACUCCUGUGACCAGGUGAGCGCCUACGGCUUCAUGACCCCGGACUUUAAGAACUACUCUGACCACUACUACGACAAGACCUACCACCCGGUGGGCUUCUUCGUGAACCACGACAUGCGCAUGGAGCUGACUCUGUGGCAGCAGCUGCACCAGGCCGGCCUCAUCACCCUCUACAUGCACAAGUGAAUUCAGGUCGAGCAGGAGGCAGGAGGCUCAGGGCCCAGAGUCUAAAACAAGCAAUGGGCUCGAAUCCGUUUUACAAAUCAAAAAGUUUUCUUUCUUCACAAGUCACCAAACUCUAGUUCAGGAGUUGACUGGCGCUCGGCCUUCUAGCUUCUUGUUGUGGUGCAGUGUGUUGACGAGUCGGCUGCUCAGUCAGCCUCUUGAUAAGAUCUGUCCCGGCCCUAAAUAGACGUCUGGACGCUGCUGGCAGUGACCGGCCGAGUUGGACAUGUGCCAACAUCUCUCUCUCUCUCUCUUUGUGUGUGUGUGUUUACUGUACUAACUGCUUGUGUAACUUUCAAUGACUUCACAGUAGAUUAAAGUUUAUAAUGCAAGAUGUAUAAUUUGUUAAUAAACAACAGAAAUAGUUAAACAAA